CAGAUGAAAAGGAAGAUUAUUACAAGGAGUCAAAAGCUCAAGCAAAAUUUUAAAUCUACGUCUUCCUCACCGACUGUCCUGUGUUUAUUUUCCGGCCUCACUGUCCUUGGCUCCUUGCCCAUAAAAAUAUAAGUAUAUAAAACAAACAAGUCUAGAAAGAAAAAGGGGAAAAAAGAAAAAAGAAAAAAAGUCUUUUUGAAUAAAGAAUUAUAUGUUUUAAACAAAUAGAAAAGGAGAAAUUUUCAAGUUGAAGAUUGGAGGAAUCCAUUUGAUUUUUGAGGCUCGAGGACGGUGUUCCUGGAAUUGAAAGUUUCAGUUUCCUGCGUCGAGGAAUGAGAAUUCUUAGCUUCUGAAUCCUACGAAAGCCCGGCAAGGUCUUUGAAAAGAAACGACGCGUUCUUCUUCCUCAACCCGGAUCCGAUGGUGAAGGGAUUGCACGGACAAAACCUACCCGCCGAUGUCUCGCAGGUCAUUGAUCAGUUGGAACGCCACUGCUUGGCUCCCGAUGGAUCUCUGAUUUCCAAGCCACUAUACAACGAUCUCCAAGUGGCGAGAGAGGAAAUGUGCAGGGAAAGACUGCGGUACCUGGAAGCAAUGGCAAUUUAUUCUGAGGCCAUUGCGAUGGUGGAGGAGUAUCAGCAAGCCAUUUCUGUGGUUAAUCUUGGGGGAGUUAGAGAUACAUCGGGUCUAUAUCCACAACUUGGACUGAAGAAUUCCCCUCAGGUUUAUGAGACUUUAGAGCAUCGAAUGGUUGUGGCUGAAGCAGCUCAAAGACUGAGACUUCCUCUUCUCUCCAAAGAUGGUGAAAUUCAUAAGGAAGACAUUGAAAAGUUGAGUGUUGCAUCUCGAAGCUCACUUGACAGUACUAGUACCACUGGCUCAAGCAUUAAUCCUAAUCUUACCACUGCAAAUAGCUCUGUUGGCAGUGCUAAUACUGCUCUUGCUGCUACGGAUCCAGGAGAACUUGGAGUUGGUGGUGUCCCCAUCCGUUUUCUUGGGAUUACACCUUCUUAUUUGUGGCAAACUCAGCUUCAACAAACACCGUUAUCUGUGGAUAUGACAGAAUAUCGCAUGUCUCUCUCCCGUGAGGUGGAGGCUCGCUUGAAGGUGAAAUGUGAUAAGAUAGCGGAUGCCUUCGAAUUGGAUGACAUUGAUUCUUCACCAUCAGGAAGUCAAAGUACAAGGCUUCCAGAAAGGGUGAAGUUGUUGAUUGAGGAGAUUGAAAGAGAAGAAGCAGAACUACGGGACGACCUUUAUUCUGCAGAUAGAAAAUUCGCUGAAUAUUAUAAUGUCUUGGAGCAGAUACUUGGAGUUCUUAUUAAACUAGUUAAAGAUCUGAAGUUGCAGCAUCAACACAAAUAUGAUGAACUACAGAAGACAUGGCUUUGUAAGAGGUGUGAGACCAUGAGUGCAAAAUUGAGGGUUCUUGAACAUGUUCUUCUGCUUGAAACUUACACUCAGGAUUCUAUACCUGCCCUUCAUAAGAUAAGAAAUUAUCUUGUUGAGGCUACAGAAGAAGCUUCUAUUGCAUAUAAUAAAGCGGUUACUCGUCUACGUGAGUACCAAGGUGUCGAUCCUCACUUUGACAACAUUGCAAGGCAAUACCACGAUAUUGUGAAGAAAUUGGAGAAUAUGAAAUGGACAAUUCAGCAAGUGGAAAUGGAUCUGAAACGCUUGCCAGAUAACCCAAGCACUUAGAAUAGAAUAUAUGGUACUGUUUAGUUUUGUAUUAAUAUUUCCCCCCACUUGCUAACAAGGUGUGUAAAUGAACAUGAUGAGGCUUUUUUUUUUCUUUUUUUUUUAUUUUCAUCUAACCCAAUUUUGGUUAGAAAAAUGUUGAUUAAAGAGCCUACCUUUGAGCUUUUUAAUGAGAUUUCAACUUUUAUAGGGCUAUUUUUAAGAGAGAAAAAAAAAAUGUACCGAUGUCUUCUCCAA